CUUCCCUGGUCAUCAGUUUCAGGGGAGGUUCAAAAGCCGUGCCCUGAAGCAAGGAAGUCUGAGUUAUUGAAAAGAAAUUGGAGAGUAAGGAAUUGUCAUCCAUCACUAUGAACAACAACAUCCUGUGAGUUAGUGUCAAACUUUCUUCCGAACUCUGCUGAGGAAGGCUGGUGUCCUUGGGCAAGCAUGGCCUUCCGUGGCUGGAGGUGGCUCCUCCUCCUGGGCAGGCAGAACACCCUUGCCAAGGUGUGGAGAAGCAGGAGGGGAGGCCCCUCUGUGUGCUGGCAGCGCUGCUGCCACUGGAGCUCGGGCAAGGCUCUGGCCCCCGAGGUGAGAGCGUUUCUGGAGGAGAACACCGAGGUCACCAACAGUGGGCACCUCACCCCAGAGAUCCGGCUGCGCCUGCUCACGCCCCGCUGCAGGUUCUGGAGAGAGAAACCUGACCUGUGGCCUUAUGGGGACCCAUUCUGGGCAAUUUACUGGCCAGGAGGCCAAGCCCUCUCCAGGUAUAUUUUAGAUAAUCCACGUGUGGUUAAAGGGCGAUCGGUUCUGGAUCUUGGAAGUGGAUGUGGAGCAACAGCCAUAGCUGCUGUGAUGAGUGGUGCAUCCCAAGUCCUUGCCAAUGAUAUUGACCCCAUUGCAGGAAUGGCAAUGAUCUUGAACUGUGAACUGAACCACUUGGAUCCCUUCCCCAUCACCAUUAAGAACAUCAUUAAUUCAGAGGCUGGCAACUGGGACCUCAUAGUUCUAGGAGAUAUGUUUUAUGAUGAACAACUUGCUGAUGGUCUGCAUCACUGGCUGCAGAAGUGCAUCAGGAUUCACCAGACUGAAGUGCUGAUUGGUGACCCUGGCAGACAUCAGUUUUUAAGCCACAGCAUUCACAGCCAGCUGCACAAAGUUAUAGAAUAUUCACUGCCUGAGUCUACAAGACAAGAAAACUAUGGGCUAACAUCAAGUAUUGUCUGGAGUUAUCAGCCCUCAAACAGCUUAGAUGAUUCUUGAAGCUGCCUUCCUAUGGGAUUUUGUCUCACUUGAUUGGCAUUUUGCAGGUAUAUAACAUGAAAAUGGGAAUUGAACAGUAAAGCAGCUUACUGUACCUCCACUGGACUGAUUUCAAUCAUACUCACAGAGGCUUUUGCUCAAUUUGAUGUAAAAGCUACAUGCAAACUGUAUUCAAAGGGGCCUGCACUGAAGUGCAGAUCUACAGACAACUUACACGUAGGAGUUUGCAUGCUUGAUGCUUCCCAUGGGUAUUUGUGUCCUGCUGACAUUACUGUGAAAUGUUUUGGAUGUCCAACAUACUGCUGUGGGGAGAGGGUUGUGGCUGAAGGACUACUGCAUUGCUUCUACAGGCUUCUGUAGCUUAUUUAUAGAAAAUUUCUAAAUAUAGAAAAUUAUUGCUGUCCUCCAUAAAAUUCUCCACUAGAUUUUUAGCUCAUAAUAUGCUCAACUUGAAGUGCCUUGCUUUUUUUCUGGGUAUCUCUUCUGAAUGUCAAAGUAACUAAUUUAAAUCUCCCCCUUUCCCUCUAUAAUAAAAAUUUCCUCUUCCUUGAAACAGACAGAGUGAUUAUGUAGGAGUUGCACCCAAAUUUAAACUCUGCUUCUUGACUGCCAGCCAGUGUAAAAGCUGUAAUAAAUGGAAAGUGAAUAAAUAGUACCAGCUAUGGGGUACCUUUGUUCCCUUGAGAGUAGGGUCAAAUGAUCUACACUCCCUACAUUACCCUUUGCAAGGGUAAACCAGGUAAUCUGUCACCUUAGGAAGCUGCUGGGGGAUGAAGAGGUCUUUACUUCUGUGACAAACAGAGGGCAAUGAAAUAAAAACAGGGAAUGCAAGUCUGAUAUAAUUAUUUUGCUCUUCUCCUGAGGAGAUGCUGGACAAACUCCAGAAUCAUUCUCAGUUUUAUCUGCCAACUAAGAACCAGUUUCAUCUGCCAAACAUGGUACAAAAAAAACCUGUUCCUCAGGUAAGAUGCUGUAACUGUCGCCAUCUGAAGAAGAAACCAAUCUUUUCAGAGCAGUCUUAGAGGAAGUGUCAACUUAAGCAGUCAGUCAUUGAACAAGCAGUGAUGGGCAGCUAUAACUGCACCACAGCCCAUAGUGGUGCCAGGUGCUGUAGUGAAAGCUUACAAAUGUGCAAUAGUGUGUGGUACUCACUCAGAAAACCAUGGCAUUCAUGAAGUAGGAGGUUUAGGAGCUUAGUCAGACAUACAUGGUUCUAUAAUCCAGCAAGUUUUCAGAACUAUCCAAACAGCCAACUUCUAAACUUUAAUCUUCAUAACAAUAUGUGAAUGUUCUGCAAGGCUCACAACAAGAACAAUGUCCAAACAAUAGAGAAUAUGAAGUGGCAAGCACAGCCAUGAGGUUCUUCUCCCACUUCACCCAGUACUUGUAAACAUUUGUUGGAAAUUACUGUGAACCAAAACCACAUUCCAGCAGUGUUAUGCAAAUACUAAAAACAUAAGCUCUAAUGGUGAAAGAUUUAAAGUAACUUUAAAAAUAAACCUAAAAUUACAGUGUUACCUCGUUGCAGUGUUGAACAGCUUUUUAAGCACCAGGUGAGGAUGUACCACUAAGUUACACAUUGAGAAGAGGCUGUAGGGGGAAGAUGGUAAAUCUACAGGAACACUUAAGGACACAGUAUAAGCUGCACUUGCCUUCAACAUGAUAAAUCCAAGGUUAUUUUAGUACAGAGAAAAAGGACAACUUUGCCACUGAGGUUAGCAGUAGCAUUGUUUCACAGAGCUGCCUAAACAGUUGUAUGAUUCAAUAUCAAAAAUAGUGCAACACAUUUAUUGUCCAAGAGUUCAAAGGAAUGAUGGGUCCUGAUUGAUCCCAGGGAUACCACAGGGCAUAAUAAACUACUCCUCAGGGAAAAAAAAAAAAAAGGGAAAUAAAACCUGGUAGAUUAGGUUAUUAGGCCUCUAUCAGGUGCAAGGAUUUGCUGCAGUAACAGCUGCCAGAUGCUUGUGGCUACUGUGGCAAAAUCAACUCCUUGAACCAAUGGUUUAUACUGGUGCAGUUACAUCCACAGAGAUCACAGGAAAAUAUUCAUCACUGGCUGAGCCAUGCAACAAGACUAAGGGAUUUAGGUGCUGGUCUUGGAAAAAUAUGCUUUUACUGACACCUGUACAACCUUUCUAAAUACUCUUGCACUUUCAUAAACCAUAUAAUCAACAGAAGAACAAAGGUUAUUGUCAGACAUCAUAAUAUCAUUUAAUAUUGGCAACAAAAAUUACCUUCCAUGCAAUUAGGCCUGAACUUUAAAUACAUUAAUAUAAGACUGGUUUAUUUCUGCAACACUUAGGUAUGGCUAUGACAAGAGUUAAAUGCUAAAGUAAAUAUAUUCCUUAUGGUUGCCUAAACUCUUUAGGUUUCCAGAUGUCAUCAAAUCCAUGUUAGACCACUGUAGCUAAACCCUUCUACUUCCAGAUCCAGAGGAUGAACCCAGUGUGCUCCAUGCCCUUAUAAAGCUGAAAUGGCUGGCAUUAAGGAGCUUCAUACAGAAACCCUAGAACUCUGACUAGAGGUUAUGCUGGUUCAAGAAAGCCAAGGAACAUGACUUACAAUUGUGAUGAGAGCACUGCUCCAUCAUGUAAUAAACUCUACAGUUCAAAAAUUAUUUUUUUAAUAUUACUAUAAUUGAACAAUAAAUUUAUUUAUAUUUUCAGCUUCUGGGGGCUGCUGAAUAUGUAAUGAACUGCAUGCAGCAGAACACACUCUACCAUCCUGAGAUUUAUGUGCUCAGACACUACAUUUGGUCCUAUUUCACUCACAGAUAUGCUUGUAAGUACCAGUGUUUUGUUCCCUAAAAGGAUUUUCAUGUAGAAACAGGCAAAAGCCAGGUCAAAUUAAAUAUUUGCCCAUGUAUAAAAUCCUGUUUCUUGGUCACAGCUACUACUCUGAAAUUUGUAAAGUCACCAUAACAACUCCAAAGCAAGUUUAUGUUCACACAUUCACAGGCUGUACUUCAGGAUGUGUAAAAAUCCAGCAAGUAUUUGAUGGUAAGUAAGAACAGAAACCUGCAGCAUCAGUAACAUCACAAUAAAGGUACCUAUGUUUUUUACUCCAGACCUAGCAAACAUACACGGUGAAAGGAGAUUCUUUGUUAUUACUGCAAGUACAUUUGUCUCACUGUUAAUGCCACCUCCAUUCACCAGUUCUGGCUGCUGCUUUUUUUUACAUUCAACUCCCAACUUCACAGACACUGCUGUGUGUCAAUGUUAGAUUUGAACUGGGUACUUUUAAGUACCAUCCCAAAAUGCAAACUCAGAACACACACUUACCUAAACUGGGUUUGUGGCUAAAUUGCUAAUGGAUGCUAAGUAGCAGCCAAAUCCAGCACUUCAGGAAGCCUGAGCAACAGCCCUGUAAUAUUAAUUAUAGUUUAACUUUCCUCUUAAUGGUCAAUGCAAAUACAGGGCCCCAAGGAAAGUCAAUGAGGAAGCCCAGGCUCAUGGGCAAGGA